UUUACAAAAUGGCGACUAACAUUAACAAGUCGAAAGAACAAAUCGUUGCUGGUUUUCAGGAAUUAAGACAGCAGCAGAGGGCAAUAGCAACAAAAAUAUCGGAAUUAGAAAUGGACAUGAAAGAACACGAACUGGUUAUAGAGACACUGAAAGAUGUUGCCCCAGAUAGGAAGUGCUUUAGAAUGGUGGGGGGUGUUUUAGUUGAGAGGACAGUCAAAGAUGUUCUUCCGGCAUUAGUGAACAAUAAGGAACAGAUGGGUAAACUUGUAGAAUCAUUAUCAAAACAACUAGAAACUAAGGGAAGUGAGAUCAACAAAUACAGAACAAAGUAUAAUCUAAAGAUAAAAGGAGAGGAAUCCAAAGACAUGGAGAAAUCCAGCAAAGAUGUGAAAACAGGAGGUGUCCUGGUGGCCAAGGAGAGUUAGCAAAGGGACAGAACUCUGGGAUUGCCUACAUAGUGUUCUGUUAUUUAUACAUCAGUGAAUCGCUGUAAAGAACUUCAAGACAACGUGUUGAUUGUAUGAAAGAUUAAUGUUCCUCAAAACUGUGACCUAAUGAUCCGAAUAAAUUGUAUCCCCCUCCACUUGAAUAAUGUUCAUUAAAAUUUUCAUCUUCUGUUGAAUGGUGUCCAAAAGACUGCACAGACCUGUUUUAUGUAACUGAUAUAUUCUGACAAUAAUUUCCUAGAGAUUAGUACCUAUAAUUCAGUGAAUGUGUUCCUUAAUAACAUACCUGUAAUUAGUACAGGUAGAUAAUGUACAUUUCAGUCCAUGUUGUAUUUUACUAAUUUUUUUUUUACAAAGUGAUACAUAUUAAUAAUUAUAGGAAGAAGGCAAAAAUCUACAUGUUCUAACUUUUUGGAUUACCUUUUUAUACAAUUUAGUUUUCAAAAUUUAUUCUGGCAUUUGGGAAUAAAAAUGAUAUGUUGUUUAAUGUGAUGUUCCUAAAUUGUUCUGUACUUGCUCCAGAAAAAUAGUGGAAACAAGCUAAUUAAUUACGAGAAGAUACUCCAUGUGAAUAUUGAUUAAGAAUUUUCAUAUAGCUAUGUGCAUAUUAUACAAAUAAAACUGAUUUCU